CAGGCUUGGAGACACUCCAGGAUAAACUUCUGCAGGCCAAGAGAUAACACGUCUUCAAGGUGACAAUCAGAAACGCCUUUUAAAAGUUCUCCUUCUCUGCUGAAAUUGCUGUAGCUUCUCCACUCCACAGCUGGCCAUCUGCCUACACCUGGCUGCCAUGUGGGAACUUGUGGGUCUCUUGCUGCUCAUCCUGGCCUAUUUCUUUUGGCCCAAGUCAAAGACACCUAAUGCCAAGUUCCCCAGGAGCCUUCCAUUCCUGCCCCUGGUGGGUAGUCUACCGUUUCUCCCCAGACGUGGUCAUAUGCAUGCCAACUUCUUCAAGCUGCAGGAAAAGUAUGGUCCCAUCUAUUCUCUUCGCCUGGGUACCACAACUGCAGUGAUUGUCGGUCACUAUCAGCUGGCCAGAGAAGUGCUCGUGAAGAAGGGGAAAGAAUUCUCUGGUCGGCCCCAGAUGGUGACUCUAGGCCUCUUGUCGGACCAAGGAAAAGGCGUCGCCUUUGCGGAUAGUAGUAGCUCCUGGCAGCUGCACCGGAAGCUGGUAUUCAGCACCUUUUCCCUGUUCAGGGAUGACCAGAAACUGGAGAAGAUGAUAUGUCAGGAAGCCAACUCACUGUGUGACUUGAUACUUACAUACGACGGGGAGUCCCGAGAUCUGUCUACGCUCAUCUUCAAGUCAGUAAUCAAUAUCAUCUGUACCAUCUGCUUCAACAUCUCUUUUGAGAACAAGGAUCCGAUACUGACUACCAUACAGACCUUUACAGAGGGUAUUGUGGAUGUCCUGGGCCACAGCGAUCUGGUGGACAUAUUCCCGUGGUUGAAGAUUUUUCCCAAUAAAAACUUGGAAAUGAUAAAGGAACACACUAAAAUUCGAGAAAAAACACUGGUUGAAAUGUUUGAAAAAUGCAAGGAGAAAUUCAAUAGUGAAUCUCUCUCCAGCCUGACAGACAUUCUGAUACAAGCCAAGAUGAAUGCAGAAAAUAAUAACACUGGGGAAGGCCAGGACCCAAGUGUGUUCUCAGAUAAGCAUAUCCUUGUCACGGUGGGAGACAUCUUUGGGGCAGGCAUAGAGACAACUAGCUCUGUGCUGAACUGGAUCCUGGCUUUCCUGGUGCACAAUCCUGAGGUGAAGAGGAAGAUCCAAAAGGAGAUUGACCAGUAUGUAGGCUUCAGUCGAACACCGUCUUUCAAUGACCGGACUCACCUCCUCAUGCUGGAGGCCACUAUCCGAGAAGUGCUUCGUAUCAGGCCGGUGGCCCCCUUGCUCAUCCCACACAAGGCUAACAUUGACUCCAGCAUUGGAGAGUUUGCCAUCCCGAAGGACACACAUGUGAUCAUCAAUCUCUGGGCACUGCAUCACGAUAAAAAUGAAUGGGACCAGCCAGAUCGGUUUAUGCCUGAGCGCUUCUUAGAUCCAACAGGAAGCCAUCUCAUUACACCCACACCCAGUUAUUUGCCCUUCGGAGCUGGUCCCCGAUCGUGCAUUGGAGAGGCUCUGGCCCGGCAGGAGCUCUUUAUCUUCAUGGCCUUGCUGCUGCAGAGGUUUGACUUUGAUGUGUCAGAUGACAAACAGCUGCCCUGUCUGGUGGGUGACCCCAAGGUGGUCUUUCUGAUCGACCCUUUCAAAGUGAAAAUCACAGUGCGACAAGCAUGGAAGGAUGCACAGGUUGAGGUUAGCACCUAGAGGCCGAAUCUAACGUCCCGGAUCCCAUGCCUUGACACCCACAGCCCAAUCUUAGAGGUGCCUCCAACAAUCCUCCUCACUCCUAUCCCGUUUUCUACUUGGCAGCAAUGAAGGGUGAGACACAUAUUAAAGGUUUUCCAAUAAACAUCUCUGAGCUGUC